AUGUCUGAAAAUCCAUUGCCUUUUAUCUACCAGUUCGCCUCGGGCGCCAUUGCCGGUGUCUCCGAGAUUUUGGUUAUGUACCCUUUGGAUGUGGUGAAAACUAGACAGCAGUUGGCCACUACUUCUGAUUACAACGGUACCAUUAGAUGCUUGCGUAAGAUUGUUGCUGAAGAAGGUUUCUCCAGAUUGUACAAGGGUAUCACCGCUCCGAUCUUGAUGGAGGCGCCCAAGAGAGCUACCAAGUUUGCUGCCAAUGACGAGUGGGGUAAGUUCUACAGAAAGGCGUUUGACGUGAAGGAGAUGAACCAGUCGUUGGCGGUGUUGACUGGUGCUACUGCCGGUGCUACCGAGUCGUUUGUCGUGGUGCCCUUUGAGUUGAUCAAGAUCAAGUUGCAAGACAAGACGUCCAAGUUCAAUGGCAUGGGCGACGUGUUCAAGCAUGUGGUGAAGGAAAAUGGACUUUUCGGAAUGUACAAGGGUUUGGAGUCCACCAUGUGGAGACACGUUGCGUGGAACGCCGGUUACUUUGGCUUGAUCCACCAGGUUAGAACCAUGAUGCCAAAGCCAAAGACUUCCAGCGAGAAGACAAUGAUAGAUUUGACCUGUGGUACCAUCGGUGGUACUUUCGGUACCAUUAUGAACACUCCUUUCGAUGUGGUGAAGUCCAGAAUCCAGGCUGGUUCCUCCAAAUACAUCUGGACCAUCCCAUCGGUGCUUACUGUGGCCAAGGAAGAAGGUGUGGCUGCCUUGUACAAGGGUUUCAUUCCAAAGGUUUUGAGAUUGGGCCCUGGUGGUGGUAUCCUUUUGGUGGUGUUCACUACGUGCAUGGAUUUCUUCAGAACAAUCCACGAGAAGAAGUAA